AUGGCCCGGGAGCUGAGCCAGGAGGAGCUGCUGGACUUCCUGUGCCAGGCCGGGGGCCGGGUCACCAACGCCGCCUUGCUGGGCCACUUCAAGCGCUUCCUGCGGGACCCCGGCGUGCCCCCGGGCCAGCUGAAGCAGCGCCGCGAGCUCUUCAAGAGCCUCGUCAACUCGGUGGCCGCCGUGCGCCAGGACCCCGACGGCACCAAGUGCGUGGUGCUCAAGAAGAGGUACCGGGACCUGGUAGGGGAGGAGGGGCUGCGCGGGCCCCGCGGCGACCCCCAGCCGGUCGCUCCGCAGCGGCGGGGGCAGCGGCAGCGGCAGCAGCAGCAGCAGCACCAGCAGCAGCCGCGCCCCCCGGGAGCCCCGGCCGCCUCCCCCGGCAGCCGGCGCCGGGCGCCACGGCAGCAGCAGCCGCCCCAGCCCCGGCCCCUGCCUCAGCAGGAUCAGCCCCAGCAGCAGCAGCAGCCUCAGCCUCAGCAAUACCAGCCUCAGCCCCAGGCCCCGCAGCAGCAGCCCCAGCCCCAGCCUCAGCACCAUCAGCCCCGGCCCCUGCCUCAGCAGGAUCAGCCCCAGUCUCCGCAGCAGCAACCCCAGCCCCAGCCUCAGCCUCAGCAAUACCAGCCUCAGCUCCAGACUCAGCACCAUCAGCCCCAGCAGCAGCCUCAGCCUCAGCAAUACCAGCCUCAACCCCAGCCCCGGCCUCAGCAGGAUCAGCCCCAGUCCCCGCAUCAACAGCCCCAGACUCAGCACCAUCAGCCCCAGCCCCGGCCCCUGCCUCAGCAGGAUCAGCCCCAGCAGCAGCAGCAGCCCCAGUCCCCGCAGCAGCAGCCUCAGCCUCAGCAAUACCAGCCUCAACCCCAGGCCCCGCAGCAACAGCCCCGGCCCCGGCCUCAGCAGGAUCAGCCCCAGCAGCAGCAGCAGCAGCCUCAGCCUCAGCAGUACCAGCCCCAGACCCAGCAGCACCAAUCUCAGCCCCAGUUCCAGCCUCAGCACCAUCAGCCCCGGCCUCAGCAGGAUCAGCCCCAGCAGCAGCCCCAGCCUCAGCGGGCCAGGAGGCAACCUGGGGAGAAGGAACCAGGAAAUGAGCCGGCAGGUGCAGGAGCUUCAAUUCCGGAAACAGAGUGCAAUGGACUCUCGGCCAGGCCUGGGGAUGAUGCUCCAGAGUCCACCGAACGCGGCAUUGCAGGUGAUUGCAGCCCCGGGAGGCUGGGAGAGGCAGCCGCCGCAGGCCCUUCGCCCCAGCCUGGGGUGUGCUUGGCUGCUUCAGGGACUCCAGGUGGCUGCCAGGAGUGGGUCCGGGCUAGCCCUUGGGCUGGCUCCACAGAGCCACACCUCCUCUCACGCGGGGGCCCUCCCUUGGGAGAGCGGCAGGCACUGGAGACCAGUUCAGGGGGAGCACUCGAAGGCACACGGCAUUCUAGCUCUGGCUCAUCCACCAAGCCCUCACCGUUGGCCACGGAAACCUUCAGGGCAUCGGGGACUAGCCCUUCCUUGGCAUCCCUUGCUUUCCCUGGGGAUAGGGCAGAAUUACUGACCCUAAGUGGACCCCAUUCCUAUGCAGCCCAGCAGCAGCAACGAACCCGAGAGUGGGUGGCCAACCACUCCCAGCCCUGCCCACGCAGUGUUGCAGAAAGGACACAGCAAAGCCCCGGGCGGGUUUGGUGUGUGGUGCCUGAGAACUUCCCCUACAGUUGGGGGGAUCCAGGGUCAGAGAAGCUGCCACCUCCUCUCCCUGUUUCCCCUCUGCUCUUCCCUGCGGGGUCUUCAGUUUUUCGGAGUAUCCGUUGUCAACUAGACCUCCAGGAUCUGGAGAACUUUGUGGAAGAGGACAGCCACGACAGUGAGGAGAGUACCAGUGGCCCAAGGGAGUCUCUAGGGGAGUUAGAGGAAGCCCCAAAAGUUCCCCUAGAAAAUGGAGCCCAGGAAAAACUCAGGACCCCAGGGGGGCAUUUUAUCAAAUCUCAGCAGGAAAAUACUCCUCUCAAUAAAUCCCAGGGACCCAUAUUUAGAAGUGGUUACUCCCUCCAACAUACCCCAGAAAGAGUGAAUGGUCCUGUUGUAAUGUCAACCAAAACACCCAAGGAGUCCUCUACCCUGUCUCAAGACCCCAUGCCCUGGCCAACUGGCAGGUUAAAGAGAUCUCUGAGGAGAAGUUCCAGGGCAGGGAGGGACAAAAUAUCCUCCUCUGAUGAGGAGCUGCUGGAGGAAGACUUAGUAAAAAGGAACCGUCGGCCGCCUCGAUCCAGAAAGGCGUCAAGGGCAGGAGCAGUGCCCUCUCCAAAGGUAGAUGCCCCUUUGGCCCUGAAGCCAGCGGUUUCCAAGGCCACAUCAAGGCAAAGACUGGCAGGUAGCACUUGGGUUCCCCCUGGGGGUGUGUCUUCUCUCUUAGUUUCACUCAGACCUUCUGUCCACAAAUCCUCUUUAGUGCCCCUGGACUCCCGGGAGCAUGAAUGGAUUGUGAGAGUAGCCAGUGGCUCAUGGGUACAGGCACUGACUCUGUUUUGGGAAGACCCUCAACUGGCUCUUCGAAAAGACUUUUUGACUGGGUAUACUGCAUUGCAUUGGAUUGCCAAACAUGGUGCUCUCCAGGCCCUUCAAGAAUUGGUCAAGGGGGCCCAAAAGGCAGGGAUCGUCCUUGACGUGAAUGUGAGGUCCAGCUGCGGGUAUACCCCGCUGCAUCUCGCUGCCAUCCAUGGGCACCAGAGGAUCAUCAAACUUCUGGUGCAGAGGCUGGACUCUCGAGUGAACGUACGGGACAGCAGCGGGAAGAAGCCUUGGCAGUAUUUGACCAGCAAUACCACUGGGGAGAUAUGGCAGCUUCUUGGAGCCCCGAGGGGGAAGCCUAUCUUCCCAGUUCAUUCCUUAGUUAGAAGUCCUUCACCCACCAGGAAGGCCAAGAGCCAUGAUGUGUCAAGGAACAUAAGCAGAAAGACCUCCCUUGCUGCAUUACUCAGAAGUCAGCACCACAGAUGGAAAAUGGCCCACCAGUACGAUAAAUUCCGAGCAUCAGGAGACAGAGAUGAGUGCAGUGAAUGAAGUGUCUCUUGCUCAAACGUGCAGAGACAUUUUGAUCUGGGGUGACCCUGUGAACAAACUGCACAGUCUGCCAAGAUCAGAGUCACUUCUGACUUCAAGGACGCAAGCCGAAUCUUGAACUGGAAACUGGGUAGGUCGAUGAGAAGUGGCUUACGUAGGGGGCACGUCUCUCUAGACUUGUGUUAGUAGUCUGCCAGAAGUUGCUGGUGUUGGAGUCUCUGCUUUCUCAAGCAGGAAUGGCAGACACAGGGCCAACGUAGAAGUCUGGAAAAACUCAGCACAGACUAUGCUUUAUUACCACGGAUCAAAGUAUCAGGCACUCAGGGAUCGGAGACUUCCACUGUGGCUCAGUGUAUUUUUGUCCAGUGCCACACCCUCCCCCCCCCUUAUUCUUUACAAUAAAUCUUUCCCAAGACCUCCCUUGAGGAUUCAUAGGCCACCACUCCCUUUUAGAUUAAGUGGGAAGGAUGGCUGAUUAAUUGUGAUCUCCUACCCCAAAGUGCCCCCCCCCACCCCAAAGCAUCAAGCUUGAACGGCCAACCUCAGAGUUCCUGAUUACAAUGGGUACUGAGUAAUUGAGAGUUAAAGGGAGAAUAUUGCCUUAUCCGCAUAGGGGGGGAAAUGAAAUGCAAUUUCUGGAGCUGCUAGCAAAAAUUUAAUUUGCACUAAAUAUGUGUCCAGUGAAGGCUGUUUUGAUGGAAGCACAUAUCAGAUCUGUUCUAGGAAAGAUGAGUUAGCCCAUGCACCUUACAAUGGGACAGAAAGAUUUCAGGCCAUAAAUGGGAAGAACGAAUAGAAACACAAUAUAAUUCUAUGCAAAAAUAUCAAUUCUAAAUGAAUGGCAGAGGGGAAUGUUAAUUUUAUUCAGCAGUCUUUUAAUGGACAGUUGCAAUAAAGCAGUAUUUUAAGUUA